AUGGCACCGUACAAACCCCCGCGCUCGAAACUGGGUGCACUUCUCUGGCGAAAGCGGAUCUGGUUUGAGACGACCUUCGGCGCAUCUGUUCUAGAGCCAUGGGAAAAGACCUUAUUCUAUACAGUCCUCGCCUUGGUGUCAACCCUCUUCUGGGCUUGGGUGUACAAGUAUCUUCCGCACCAGCUCAUGUCCAUGGCGCUGCGAGCGCGAUACUAUGUAUCGGGCGAGCAGUGA